AUGUUGCAGCUAAACAGUGUGAGCCGGGUAAGUAGUACCACCCAAAACCCUAAACUAUGGCUUGCCCAAUCCAACAGUCUCAGUUCACAAAAUGGUCUCGCAUUUAACAGUAUUAGUAAUACUAGAAGCUCAACCACCAAGAAGAAGAAAAAUUUGGGAGUGAAAUGCCAGUACUACGACCAGCAGCAGAAGAACUUCACCACUUCCUCGCGUCCUUCUCCUUCCUCUGCUCCUCCAGCUGGAGUAUCUCCGCCCAAGGUUUUUGUGGGCCAUUCAAUAUACAAGGGGAAGGCUGCUCUUACUGUAGAGCCUAAAUCCCCAGAGUUUUCUCCAUUAGAGUCAGGGGCAUAUAAACUAGUCAAGGAAGGGUUCGUGCUAUUACAGUUUGCUCCUGCAACUGCUGUCCGUCAAUAUGAUUGGACCAGAAAGCAGGUAUUUUCGUUGUCAGUGACAGAAAUUGGACAUCUGGUAAGCCUUGGUGCAAGAGAUUCCUGUGAAUUUUUCCAUGAUCCUAAUAAGGGAAGAAGUGACGAAGGUAAGGUUAGGAAGGUGUUGAAGGUUGAGCCACUUCCAGAUGGUUCUGGUCACUUCUUUAACCUCAGUGUUCAAAACAAAGUUCUGAAUGUAGAUGAGAGCAUAUACAUUCCAGUCACCAGGGCAGAGUACACUGUCCUCACCUCUGCUUUUAAUUAUAUCUUGCCAUACCUCCUAGGCUGGCAUGCCUAUGCAAAUUCCAUAAAACCAGAUGACAGUGGCCGGGUGAAUAAUGUCAAUCCAAGAUAUGGAGGUGACUAUGAAUGGAACAGGUAG